AGUUAUGUUCUAUUCUUCUUUAUUUAAGUUUUAUUGACUGGUUUUUAAUCUUUGCAAUAGCGGCUAUUCUGCCAUCUGCUAUACUGCUAUAGCAUUUUAUGGGGUUAGUACUGGCAAAUACUAUACGAGAUUAAACAUAGUUAUCAUUGCACAAUUUACUAUUUUAGCAUCUCCUUUUGUUCCUUUUGGGUCAGUGGACUUUGAGCACAGUAUCCACUGGGUUUGAGACCAGAAAUUCUUCGAAUCGCUCCUCUUGUUUCCCUAUCAUUUUACACACACUUCACUGGAAAGUUCCUCAUAUUUUCAAUUUUUAAUUCUUGCUGCUGCACCUAGAAUCUGAACUUGUCAGCAAGUAUGCAGGGUAUUUUUUGUAAUUGACAAAAAAGCAAAAGAACUCAACCUACUGCUGAUUUGACUUAUCUUGAAGGUGUUAAAGGUCCCUUUUCAGCAAGCCAAGUGUCUGCUUUCAGAAAGUACUUCUGCUAAAACAACUUCGAAUUUCUAGCAUUUGUCGACACUUUCAGUGAAACUCCUCAUUGUCGAGAGUUUACAGAGGGAAACAAAGAUGUGUUCUUUUGGUAGUUGUUAAUUUCAUUCUUCCAUUCCCAUGCUUUGGAUUAUAUGGAAGCUAAUUGUCAACCAGUCCGUAAAGGAAGUUCUUCACUUCUACCAGCUCAUUACCUAUAUUUAUUGUCUAAUGUGACCAACCGUUGAAGAAUUUGAAUUUUUUCUUUGUGCUUUUGGCUGGUUCAUAUAUUGUUUAAAAAAAUGAUGAUUGGAUCGAAGAGAAUUUGAAGGCUUACUCUCCCCUUUAACAGCAUAUGAACCUUCUGAUACUGGUCCAAACAAGUGGGAAUGUAAAUGUUCUUUCCGAGGGAACCGAAGAUACAAUAUUGCAAAUUGUUCCAAGUCAUGUGAUUGCCAUUCAGGUAUACCAGUAAUUAUUUUUUGUGCUGAUAAAUUUGCCACUUCCACGUGAUCGCCAUUUUUAGGUGAAUACUGUGAUCACAUUUUGAAUACUGUUGUGUUUGCUACUUUUUAUUUAUUAAUUAUUUCAUGUACAUGCUGAAGAGAGUGCAUCCAUAUGGACAUGUAUAUGUGAUACAAAUGGGUUUCCUGAAGUGGCAACAGAUAGGCAUAAUCCUAAUUGCUUUAUUGCCUGCAAUUGCAUCUGGGGUAUCUUUCCUUCUUUCCCUUUUUCUUCCAUCUGUAAAGUUCACUAUUUGUCGCUUCCCGAAAACUGGUAUUUUUCAUUCUAAAUAACUUUUUAUUGUGAAGAAGUUAAUUUUUAGAUUUUGAGUGUCCUGCAGGAACUGCUAAGAUGUCAUUAGGUUCAAAGACACGCAUUUCAAGCAAAAUUGUAAUAAUCAUUUUAGUAAUGUCUAUUACAUGCACAACUGUUGCAUUUCUUGCCUUAUUUGUAUGUUAUGUUCGUCGAAGGAAGAGGCAUCAUCCUAUUCAAUCACCAAUGAACUCAUCAUCAGAUAAGGAAACAGGUUAUAUUAAUACUAGCAACUUCAUUAGUCGGAAAACUUCUUUUGUGCCAGAAACAAAAGGCGUUAUGAAUUCUCCUAUUAGUCAUAUUACAAAAUGCUUUCAAAAAGCAUCUAUUUUGCUUGGGAGUCAAAGAGAAACAUUUCAUGGAAAUAUUAUUCAAUUCUCAUUUGCUGAACUGGAAAAUGCCACUGAAAACUUUUCAGCUUCGAAUAUUAUUGGAUUAGGUGGAAGUAGUUAUGUAUACCAUGGUCGACUGAAAAAUGGCAGUAAUGUGGCAGUCAAGCGACUUAAAGUUCAAGUAGGACCUGAAGCAGACACCGAGUUUUUCACAGAGAUUGAACUAUUGUCUAGACUUCAUCAUUGUCAUCUGGUGCCAUUGAUUGGAUACUGCUCAGAGUUAAAAGGAAAAAAUGUUCAGAGAUUACUAGUGUUUGACUACAUGAGUAACGGAAAUUUGAGGGACCGUUUAGAUGGAAAUUUCGGAAAAAAUAUGGAUUGGUCUACUCGUGUUACAAUUGCAUUAGGGGCUGCAAGGGGCUUGGAGUAUCUUCAUGAGGCAGCUGCUCCAAGAAUUCUUCACAGAGAUGUCAAAUCAACAAACAUUCUUCUUGAUAAAAAUUUGCAAGCAAAAAUAACUGAUCUCGGUCUGGCUAAAGACUUGAGAUCUGAUGACCUCCGUAGUUGUUCGGAUUCUUCAGAAAGAAUGAAAGGGACAUUUGGCUAUUUUGCACCUGAGUAUGCAAUUGUUGGGAGAGCCUCUAUUGAGUCUGAUGUCUUCAGUUUUGGCGUAGUUCUUCUUGAGCUUAUCACUGGUCGCCAACCAAUCCUUAGAUCUGCAGGCAAAGAAGAAAGCCUUGUCGUAUGGGCUACUCCUCGCUUACGGGAUAGUAGGCGAGUAAUGACAGAGUUGGCCGAUCCACAAUUGAAAGGAAACUUCCCAGAAGAUGAAGUGCAUAUAAUGGCAAACCUAGCAAAGGAAUGCUUACUGUUGGAUCCUGAUAAAAGACCAACUAUGAGUGAAGUUGUUCUAAUUCUAUCAAGUAUUACCCGAACCAGAUCUAGAAGAAGAAGAUACAUUCAAUUGUGUCUUUUUCAGGAACCAGAGGAUGCAGAGAAGCCAAGACAAGCUUCAUGGAGAAGAUUUCCACCUCAUAAUUCAAUGCCACGUGGUACUGACUACAAUCUUCGUGUUGAAAACGAAGAUAAAAAUGUAGAUACAAUUUCAACCGAGUAUAUGAAGAGUUUGAUCCUCUCGACUUCAAAAGGUGAGAGUUGGCACGCAUCAGAAGAAGACAUGGUAGACCUAUCAGAGCCUCGGUUAGAGUCAUUUUGCAUGACAAACAUCAAUUUCCCUUGAUAACAUACAUACACCUUUCAUUAUGCAUCAGUACUACUACAAGCCACGUUACUAUACUGAUUUUUAUAGUGUUACUGUUUUAGAUAAACAGGUUGUUUGUUCUACUUGUACAGAAAAAAAAAAACAUACAUGAUUCCGGCUCUAGUUUAUUUGGAAAAGAAUCGGAUGCGAUACAUGUAAAAAAGCAUUGUAAAUUUGCAAAUAUAUUUACAGAUAGAUACAUCA